UGUGAUUCAAUGAGCACUCUUAGUUCAAAUCAAUGAACUGAAACAGUGGAGACACCAUUUAAAGAGCUGCUCUCUGCAUUGAAGUACAUCGCAACAGCUGAGAGAGUCCCAGAAGUGGCCCAGUUUACGCCUCCUUCUCCUUCUCCGUCCUUUCCACUGGCAAUGCAAUGGCCUCCAAGACACCCUCUGAACAGUCUCUUCUUAAAGAUGGAGUGGAAAGAGGAGCCAGGCAGCUUCCUCAGGCCCUCUUGACCUUUGAGGAGGUGGCUGUGUUUUUCACGGAGGAGGAGUGGGCUCUGCUGGAUCCAGGCCAAAGAGCCCUGCACAAGGAAGUCAUGGAGGAGAAUUAUGAGAUGGUGGCCUCUCUAGCAGAGAUUCUAAUACUCAAGUCUGAGCUCAUCUCCUCCCUUGGAACAGAAAAAUACAGGGAUGCUGUCCUGGACCAAUUGAGAGGUGAUGAAGAAGGCAGUCAGAAUUUUGAGGGGCCAUCUGUAAAGUACUUCAGUGUGAGUGAACACCUCAGCACACAUCUACAAACUCACAAAGGAGAGAAACCCUUUCAAUGCAUGGAGUGCGGAAAGAGCUUCAGUAAAAAUGGAAAUCUUACCGUACAUAAACAAAUUCACACAGGGAACAAACCAUUUAGAUGUAUGGAGUGUGGAAAGAGCUUCGGACUGUGUUCACACCUUAGCACACAUCUACGAACUCACACAGGGGAGAAACCUUUUAAAUGUAUGGAGUGCGGAAAGAGCUUCAGUGAAAGUGGAAAACUUACUGUACAUCAACGAACUCACACUGGGGAAAAACCCUUUAAUUGUAUGGAGUGCGGAAAGCGCUUCAGUGCAAGUGGAACUCUUAGACGACAUCAACGGAUUCACACAGGGGAGAAACCAUUUAAAUGUAUGGAGUGUGGGAAGGGCUUCAGUCAGAGUGGAAUCCUUACUAGACAUCAAAGAACUCACAUGGGUGAGAAACCAUAUAAGUGUACGUUUUGUGGAAAGUGCUUCAGUGCGAGUGGAAGCCUUACUCUGCAUCAAGGAACUCAUACAGGAGAGAAACCUUAUAAAUGUUUGGAGUGUGGAAAGAGCUUCAUUUGUAGUGGGAGACUCACUGUGCACCAACAAAGUCACACCGGGGAGAAGCCAUUUAAAUGUAUUUGUGGGAAGGGUUUCAGUCAGAGUGGAGCUCUUACAGCACAUCAGCGAACUCACACAGGGGAGAAACCAUUUAGAUGUAUGGAGUGUGGAAAGAACUUCAGACUGUCUUCACACCUUACUAUACAUCAACGAACUCACACAGGGGAGAAACCUUUUAAGUGUAUGGAGUGCGGAAAGAGCUUCAGUGACAGUGGAAGUUUUAGAACACAUCAACGGAUUCACACUGGGGAGAAACCCUUUAAAUGUAUAGAGUGUGGAAAGAGCUUCAGUCACAAUGGGACACUUACUAAACAUAAACGAACUCACACGGGUGAGAAACCAUAUAAGUGUACGGUUUGUGGAAAUAGCUUCAGUCAGAGGGGUGAUCUUGCAGCACAUGUACGAACUCACACUGGUGAGUUACCAUUUAAAUGUAUGAGGUGUGGGAAGGGCUUCAGUCGUAGUGGAAAUCUUCGAAUUCAUCAACGGACUCACUCAGGGGAGAAACCUUUUAGAUGUAUGGAGUGUGGAAAGAGCUUCAGUUGUAGUGGAAAUCUUAAAAUUCAUCUCCGAACUCACACAGGGGAGAAACCAUUUAAAUGUAAGGAGUGUGGGAAGAGCUUCAGACGGAGUUCACAAAUUGCUAUACAUUGGAGAACUCACACAGGCGAAAAACCGUAUAUAUGUAUAGAUUGUGGGAGGUGCUUCAGUGAGAAUGGAUCUCUUAGAAGACACCAGCGAACUCAUACAGGGGUGAAACCAUUUAAAUGUAUGGAUUGUGGGAAGUGCUUCAGUGAGAAUGGAACUCUUAGAAAACAUCAAAGAUCUCAUAGAGAAGCAACAAGCAUGUACGCCCAACGUGUCCAUCUCAUCGUUCGCAUGAUGGGUACUGGCAUCGCAGGCGCCUCGGGCACCCUGCUUCGGCCACUGGCAUGGCCAACCGCCCAGGAAAGGCAUGAGGCGUCUGCCUCCACCACAAGCCUCCGCCCCGGGCAGGGAGGCGAAGAGAGGCCCAGAAGUGGCCCAGUUUACGCCUCCUCCUCCUCCUCCUCCUCUGUCCUUUCCACUGGCAACGCAAUGGCCUCAGAGGCACCACCUUUUGGACCGUCUCUUCUCAGAGGUGGAGUGGAAAGAGGAGCCAGGCACCUUCCUCAGGCCCUCUUGACUUUUGAGGAGGUGGCUGUAUUUUUCACGGAGGAGGAGUGGGCUCUGCUGGAUCUAGGCCAAAGAGCUCUGCAUAAGGAAGUCAUGGAGGAGAAUUAUGAGAUGGUGGCCUCUCUAGCGGGGACUCUGAUACUCAAGUCUGAGCUCAUCUCGUCGUUUGGAACAGAAAAAUACAGUGAUGUUGUCCUGGACCAGUUGAGAGGCGAUGAAGAAGGCAAUCAGAAUAUUGAAGAGCCAUCUGUAAAGUACUUCAGUGUGAGAGAACACCUUAAUACACAUCUGCAAACUAACAGUGUGGAGAAACCCUUUAAAUGUAUGGAGUGUGGAAAGAGCUUCAGUGAAAGAGGAAAACUUACUGUACAUCAACGAAUUCACACAGGGGAGAAACCAUUUAGAUGUAUGGAGUGUGGAAAGAGCUUCAGUGAAAGAGGGAAACUUACUGUACAUCAACGGACCCAUACAGGAGAGAAACCAUAUAAAUGUAUGGAGUGUGGAAAGAGCUUCAGACGGUGUUCACAUCUUACUAGACAUCAACGGACUCACACAGGUGAGAAACCGUAUAAAUGUAUGGAUUGUGGAAAGAGCUUCAGACAGUGUUCACACUUUACUAGACAUCAGCGAACUCACACAAGGGAGAAACAAUUUAAAUGUAUGGAGUGUGGAAAGAGCUUCACCAAUAGUGGAGUGCUUAGAAAUCAUCAACUGACUCACACAGGGGAGAAACCCUUUAAAUGUAUGGAGUGUGGAAAGAGCUUCUCUAAGUCUUCACAACUUACUAUUCAUCAACGAACUCACACAGGGGAGAAACCAUUUAGAUGUAUGGAUUGUGGGAAGUGUUUCAGAGAAAAAGGAAACCUUACUAGACAUCAACAAACUCACACGGGGGAGAAACCAUUUAAAUGUAUGGAGUGCGGAAAUAGCUUCAGUAAGUCUUCACAACUUACUAUUCAUCAACGAACACACACAGGAGAGAAACCAUUUAGAUGUAUGGAGUGUGGAAAGUGUUUCAGUCAGAGUGGAAGCCUUAUUUUACAUCAACGAAUUCACACAGGGGAGAAACCAUAUAAAUGUUUGGAGUGUGGAAAGAGCUUCGUUUGUAGUGCGAAACUCACUGUGCACCAACGAAGUCACACAGGGGAGAAACCAUUUGAAUGUAUGGAUUGUGGUAUGUGCUUCAGUCAGAGUGGAGUACUUAUUGUACAUCAACGAACUCACACUGGUGAGAAACCAUUUAAAUGUAUGGAGUGUGGAAAGAGCUUCAAUCACAAUGGAAUACUUACUGUACAUCAAAGAACUCACACGGGUGAGAAACCAUUUAGAUGUGUGGAGUGUGGAAAGUGCUUCAGUCAGUGUUCACAGCUGACUUUACAUCAACGAAGUCACACAGGGGAGAAACCAUUUAAAUGUAUGGAAUGUGGAAAGAGCUUCAGACACGGUUCACACCUUACUUUACAUCUACGAACUCAUACAGGGGAGAAACCAUUUAAAUGUAUAGAGUGUGGGAAAGUUUUCAUUCAGAGUUCAGCUCUUACAACACAUCUACGAAUUCACACAGGGGAGAAACCAUUUAGAUGUAUGGAGUGUGGGAAGAGCUUCAGUCGAUGUUCACACCUUUCUAUACAUCUUCGAACUCACACAGGGGAGAAACCAUUUAAAUGUUUGGAAUGUGGGAAGUGCUUCAGUAAGAGUGUAACUCUUAGAAAACAUCAGCAAGCUCACAAAGAAACAACGGUUUAAGAGGAAGGAAUGUUUAAUGUGUUUCUAUUAUAAUAGAGUUCUUAAUAAAAACCUAUGCACUCUCACACAGAAGAACCCAUUUAGAUGUAUGGAGUGUGCCAAAUGUUUCCCACAGAGUUCACUUUGUGCUUCAUAUCAACAAACCCAUAGAGGGAAAUAUGUAGUAUGUUUGUGGUGUUCUGGUGUUUGUACGGAAAGUUGUACAUAUAUGUAUUAAAGCAAUGGAGGUAAUGUCUCAUAAUAGUAAGUAUAAUGAAAGAUAUGUACUGUUAGGGAUGUGCAGAAUGUGACUCUCGAGGGCUCAUUGAGAGUGAACAUGUGCUGAGAGUCCAUUGAUAUUUGGUAUUUGGCAGAGAGAAUUGGGAAUGGAGAGUUGUGAAAAGUGGAGCAUCACAGUGGUGUUUAGGAAGCAGGAUUGGCUCUGGAAUCCUAGAACUGUAGAGGUCAAGGGGAGUCCAAGGAUCUUCUAGUCCAGCUCCCUGUCAUAAGAACAGCAGCAAUAAAACCCAUAUAUUCAAAAGUUUUGGCUGCAAUAUUCCUUAAUUACUAUCCACUCCUUAUUAACUUGUUGUGUUGAGUUUCACUGCUCCCCUUCUCCUUGCUAAGUGUAAGUACUCUUAUAAAUUUGGACUGCCACUCAACCUUUGAAGGGAUGAUUUCGCUUUUUCAAUUUCUUGCUAUUAGAAUUCCUUGCCGCAGUUGUUGCAUGUAUAUGUUGUAUCUUAGGUCUUGGGCCCAACAUAUCAUAGAUCCUUUCACUUCCUAUUCCUUUACCUCCCAAUCCAGGAGGAGGUCAUACAUUUUUAUAAUAUAUUUGGAUUGGAGGAGCUCCUUUUCAAAUUUAGAAGUUUCAUUUGCAAAUCCUUUUCUUUUGUCAAUAAUACUAAGUCUUUCAUUAAUUUGAAAGUAUUGUAGGCAAUCUGUUAAAUAUAGUCUAAUUUUUCCAAAUCCUUUCAGCUUUUGUUGUUGUUUAGUCGUUUAGUCAUGUCCGACUCCUCGUGACCCCAUGGACCAGAGCACGCCAGGCACUCCUGUCUUCCAUUGCCUCCGGCAGUUUGGUCAAACUCAUGUUCGUAGCUUCGAGAACACUGUCCAACCAUCUCAUCUGUCAUCCCCUUCUCCUUGGGACCCUUCUCAGGGUCUUUUCCAAGGAUUCUUCUCUUCUCAUGAGGUGGCCAAAGUAUUGGAGCCUCAGCUUCAGGAUCUGUCCUUCCAGUCAGCGCUCAGGGCUGAUUUCCUUCAGAAUGGAUAGGUUUGUUCUUGCAGUCCAUGGGACUCUCAAGAGUCUCCUCCAACACCAUAAUUCAAAAGCAUCAAUUCUUUGGCGAUCAGCCUUCUUUAUGGUCCAGCUCUCACUUCCAUGCAUCACUACUGGGAAAACCAUAGCUUUAACUAUACGGACCUUUGUAGGCAAGGUGAUGUCUCUGCUUUUUAAGAUGCUGUCUAGGUUUGUCAUUGCUUUUCUCCCAAGAAGCAGGCGUCUUUUAAUUUCGUGACUGCUGUCACCAUCUGCAGUGAUCAAGGAGCUUUAAUUUCAGCUUUAAUUUGUUGCUAUUCUCUUCCAUAAUCAUUCUAUACUUUGCCCAAUCUCUUUGCAUCCCCCCCCCCCCGGACAUGGCUUCCAAUGGGGAAGUCACUCAGGGGGUCUUGGGUUCUAGGUCUUUAUAUUUAUUCCACAUCUUAUAUAAUUAUUUUCUUACUCUAUGAUUCAAAAAACUCCUGUGGACUUUCACCUUAUCGUAUAUCAUAUACGCGUGCCAUCCAAAACAAUUGUCAUAGCUCUCUAGAUCAAGUAGAUCCGUAUCUUUCAAUACUAUCCAAUCUUUGAUCCACACUAACCAGGCUGCCACGUGAUACAAUUCCAAAUCAGACAAAGCGAAUCCUCCUCUCUCCUUUUGGUCUAUUAAGAUUUGGUGUUUGAUUCUUGGUUUUUUGCCAUUCCAUAUAAAUCUUGCUAUAUCCUUUUACCAGUUUUUAAAGCAGUUCAUACCACGCAAAAUUGGGAUGUAAUAAUAAUAAUAAUAAUAAUAAUAAUAAUAAUAAUAAUAAUAAUUUUAUUAUUUAUACCCCACUCAUCUGGGCGGCUUCCAACAAUAUAUUAAAAUACAACGGUCUGUUAAACAUUAAAAGCUUUCCUAAACAGGGCUACCUUCAGAUGUCUUUUAAAAUCUGGUAUAUGUUUUUCUCUUUGACAUCUGGUGGGAUGGCAUUCCACAGGGCGGGUGCCACUACCGAGAAGGCCCUCUGUCUGGUUCCCUGUAGCUUGGCUUCUCACAGUGAGGGAACCGCCAGAAUGCCCUCGGCGCUGGACCUCAGUGUCCAGGUAGAAACGCUCCUUCAGGUAUACUGGACCGAGGCCAUUUAGGGCUUUAAAGGUCAGCACCAACACUUUGAAUUGUGCUCGGAAAUGAACUGGGAGCCAAUGUAGGUCUUUCAAGACUGGUGUUAUAUGGUCUCGGCGGCCACUCCAAAAUUGUAACAAAAACAUCAAUUUUGGCAAAACACUCAUUUUAAUUACAGAAAAUUUGCCCCAAAAGGAGAGAUGGAGCCUACUCCAGAUUUCCAGGUCCCUCUUAAUCUCCUUCCAUAGCUUAAUGUAAUUAUGUUGAUAUACAUUUAUUUGACAGCCAAAUUCCCAGAUAUUUUACUUUUUUCUUAAUUUCUAAGCCAGUAAUUUCCUGUAAUUAAUUUUUCCUCUGAAACAUUACUUUAACUAAUAAAUUGGUUUUAUUUUUAUUAAUUUAGAGUUCUGCCAAUUGUCCAAAUUCAUUAAUUAUCUCUAUUGCCAAUGGGAUACCUUCUUUGGGGUUUCCCGUUGUCACUAUCACAUCAUCUGCAUAUGCUCUUAUCUUGUAUGUUUUUUCUCCAAUCUUGAUACCUUUUAUUCUUUCUUCUUUCCUAAGUUCAUUCAGCAAGGUUUCCAGCAGUAGUAUGAAUAAAAGGGGGGAUAGGGGGCACCCUUGUCUCGUACCUUUCCUGAUUUCAAUGCUAUCCGUGAUAUUGCCAUUGCUUAUUAGUUUCGCCCUUUGUGUAGAGUAGGUGGAUUCUAUACCCUUUCAAACCUUUCUCCGCAGCCCACUAAGUUCAUCUAUUUUUUCAUAAAGCUCCAUGAGAUAUUAUCAAACGCCUUUUCAGCAUCUAUGAACAUCAUGGUUGUUUUUCAUUUUUGAGCUCCAGAUAUUCUAAUAUGUUGAUGAUGUUCCUGGUAUUAUGUUGAAUCUGGUGUUCUGGAAGGAAUCCUACCUGGUUUGGAUAAAUUAUAUCUUUUAGUACAUUUUUUAAUCUAUCUACUAAAAUGCCUGCAUAGAUUUUAUAAUUGCAGUUCAGCAAAGAUAUUGGUCUGUAAUUGGAAGUUAUCUCUAAGUCACUUCAUUGUUUAGAAUCGCGUAUUCAUUAUUUCAAGAAUCCGGCAUCUUUCCUUUAAGAAUAUCAUUGACUACUGCUUUCAAUGGUGUUAUCAAUAUCUCUUCAAGUUUUUUAUAUAGCUCAACAGGUAUCCCAUUGGGGCCAGGCGACUUUCCUGAUUUGGCAUUUUUCAUUACAUUUUGGCUUUCAGUUAUAGUAACUGUCCUGUCCUGUUUUCUCCAAUUCUUUAAUUUCUGUUGUUAAAUUUGUGGCUGCCGCUGUAUUAAAAUCUGCUUUUUGUACCAGCCUCUGUAUUCCUUACCUCAUCUCUUUCUUCAUUUCUAAUAAAAUUGAUGUUAAAUCAGACUUUGUGUCCCCUUCUGCAAUUGAUCAUUUUCUCUGACGUGGUGUUGUAGUUGGGCCUGGAGGUGGUUUUUCUGCCUGUAUUAGCCAUAGUUUUGUCUGCAACAAUAGAAGCAAACACAAAAAAGCAUA